CCUUUUCGCGCGCCCGUUUAACUAGUGAAAACAUCCUUUUAACAUCCUUUGCCAAGCUAGUGGAGAUUUUCGUGGAAGUUUCACAAAAUGACCAAAGCUAAACAAACUAAAUCGUCUCGGGCUGGACUCACGUUCAGUGUCGGCCGCGUGCAAUCGUAUAUGAAGAAAGGAAAGUAUGCCGAGCGGAUCGGUGCCGGAUCAUCCGUUUAUCUGACGGCGGUGCUGGAGUAUCUUGCGGCUGAAGUUCUCGAACUAGCGGGGAACGCGGCCAGGGACAACCGUAAAUCACGGAUCACACCGCGACACAUUCAGCUUGCCGUUCGCAACGAUGAGGAGCUGAGUAACCUGAUGAAGGACAUCACCAUUUCCGAAGGAGGCGUAAUUCCCAACAUUCAUUCCAUUCUUUUGCCUCCCAAAACCGGAGGUUCUUCCAAAAGCACAACAGUUUCUCAUGUUCAAAGCCAGGACUACUAGAGGUGCGUGCUAGCCGUUAGCCGUCCUCAAUCGUUAAGAGUGUAUUUCUAAGCGAAGAUUUCUGUUUACGGUGGAACCAGACAGACCUCUUCAUUCCAUUUCAACAUGCCACAUUAGUUUUAGUCUGGAAGUUGCUUUU